AUGGCCGACAACCAAGCAUACGAGCUCUCCGAAGCUCACGCUUCCCAAACCCCUGCCAGCGCCAUGCCCACCGACAGACUCCAAGACGUGCACGCUGUCGAUCAGAGGGUGCACACCAGAACGCUUUUGAAGCUCGACUGUCUGCUGCUCCCCUUUCUGGCCCUUUUGUUCCUGUUCAAUGCCCUUGACAAGUCCAACAUUGGAAAUGCAGAGUCGGCGCACUUUACAGAAGACGUUGGCAUCGGCAAGGACGCGCUCAACACCGCCGUAGCCCUCUUCUUUGCCUUCUUCGUCGGCCUACAGCCACUCGGUGCCGCCUUGGGAAGGAGAUAUGGCAUGGUAGGCUGGGUGCCUACCUGUAUGCUGCUGUGGGGAGUGUGUACCGCUCUUGACGCGUGGGUGCGGCACGCGUGGCAGCUGUACACGCUGCGCAUCCUCAUCGGCUGUCUCGAAGCCGGCUUCUAUCCCGUCACCGUCACCUAUCUGUCGCUCUUCUACACGCGCUUCGAGUUCGGGCGACGGCUAUCCUUUUUCUAUGGCCAGGCAGCCGUGGGCGGCGCCCUCGGAGGUCUGAUUAGCUACCUCGUAUUCUCGCACUUCCAAGCCGACCGCCCAGACACAAAAACAGCGUGGAGGCCAUGGCAGGUGCUUUUCCUCUUGGAAGGCUGCAUCACGGUUGCCGUCGCUUUUGCCGGCUACUUUUGGCUACCGCAUAACGCAGAGACGGCCUGGUUCCUUGCACCCAAGGAGCGCCAGUACGCCUCUACGCGCGUUGUUCAGGACAGAGACAGGCAAAACACGCCAGACGAAACUCAGAAAGAUGACCAGAAUCCCGAGGGCGCGUACGACGACGAAUCCCGCGGCCUCUUGCAGCCAUCGACGCGCCCGAGUGUGGCGGGUGUCACAGCAUCACAGCUUAUCGACGACCGUGGGCUUACGCCUCAAGAUGUAUUAUCUGCCGUCUUCAACACUAAAAUCUGGCACAUCCUAAUAUGCAACAUUCUCUCCGCCGUGCCCGUCUAUGCCUUUUCUGUUUUCCUUCCUCUUGUCCUAGCACCCCUGACAAAAGACGCAAAUCCCGCACUGGUCAAUCUGCUCACUACGCCGCCUCAUCUUUGCGGAGCCAUCACCCUGUACGUGUUUGCUACCUACAGUGACAAGCAUCGUAUACGGCUCAAGCCCAUCCUCAUCGGCCUUUUCAUCAUGGUUGUCGGACUGGUCAUUGUGGUCCUGUUACCCGCGUCGUGGGCAAUACCUCGCUAUCUUGCGCUCAACGUUCUUCUUUCGGGUACUUAUGUAGCGUCUCCGCUCACUGUAGCCUGGAUAUCUGGCAACACACCUUCACCCGGCAAGCGCGCCCUGCUUCUUGGUAUCAAUGGGUGGGGAAACCUGGCGGGCGUCAUAUCAGCUGCCCUCUUUAAACCAAAGUACGCUGAAGAUGGCUACAUUAUACCGUUCUGGUGGACGCUGCUGUGUGUGAUAUGCUCCGUCAUAGGAUACCUGCUGUUCUUCCGACGAUUGAAAAUGGAAAAUGAGAUGCGCGCCAAGAUGCUGCUGAAUUGGAGCGAAGAUGACAUUGAAGCAGAGAGGCUCGAAGGCAAAGGGCCACUGCCGCCGCAGUACCCGUGGCUCAAAAGAGCUAUCACUGCAACAAAAUGGGCCAGCCAACUAGAUUGGCUGACUGCUUGGCUCGAGGAAGCUGCAGGAUCUGGCAGACAGGGAGAUGAUAGAAUUACCUUUGUGUAUGGUUUAUGA